AUGAACCUUUUGGUGCCUUCUCCAGCAAGAAAUUAUUUUUAUCAAUCGUUUGUAUCAUAUGCUCAUAGCUUUUUAUUCAAAAACUUUUUAACAAAGAUCAAAUAUGGACAUUUAAUAGUUGAUAUAAAAGAUACAAAUUUUCCACAAUAUAUUGGAACUCCUUCUUUCAAAUAUGGAGAUGAUAAAGGUGAAGUUAAAGCAAGAAUACAGAUUAUAAAUCUCUAUAGAUUUUUUUUUAAAGUUUUAUUUGGAGGAGAUGUAGGCUUCUCUGAAAGUUUUAUUUUAGGUGACUUUGUCUGUGAUGACCUUAAAAAUUUAAUUACAAUUUUCAUCCUAAAUAGAAACGAAUUAGAUAAUUUCAAUACAAAAUGGUCAUUCGUAAUGGAUGGUGUAAAUAGAUUAGCACAUUAUUUACAUAGAAAUACUAUUGAGGGAUCAAAAGAAAAUAUUAAAGCUCAUUACGAUUUAUCCAAUGAAAUGUUUUCAUUGUUUUUAGAUAAAACAAUGAGCUAUUCAUGCGCAUAUUUUGACCAUAGAGAACAGGAUUUAGAGUCAGCUCAAAUGAACAAAAUUAGAAAGUUAAUCGAUAAAGCAAAUCUUACACCAGACUGCGAGUUACUAGAAAUAGGUUCGGGUUGGUUAGAGCUAGCAAUCGAAGCUGUUAGACGUACUGGAUGUCGUGUUACUACCGUUUCAUUAUCACAGCAGCAAAUUUCUUAUGGUUUAAAGAAGGUCGAGGAGGCAGGCCUAUCAGAUAGAAUCACCAUUCUCUAUAAGGACUACCGUCAUAUUGAAGGCAAGUUUGACCGUAUUAUCAGUUGCGAAAUGUUGGAGGCCGUAGGUUAUGAAAACUAUCCAAGUUAUUUCCAAGCCCUAGAAAGAUUAUUAAAGCCAAACGGUAUUUUUGUUGUUCAAUUUAUCACUUUUAAAGAUCAAGAUUUCCACGGCCUCAUAAAGCGUUGCGACUUUAUUCAAAAAUAUAUUUUCCCAGGAGGUCUUUUGCCAUCAAUUACCUCUAUCAUGGAAGCAGCCACCAAUCACUCCAACUUGGUCCUACAACAUGCUGAAACAUUCGGUACCCAUUAUGCAAUUACUCUUGAUAUUUGGAAAAAGAACUUUUUUGAAAACAAAGAUAAAAUCCUUGCAUUGGGAUUCGACCAACAGUUCAUUAAUAUGUUUGACUACUAUUUUUGUUAUUGUUCAGCCGCAUUCGAAACCCGUACUAUCAAUUUAAUCCAAAUGCAAUUCUCAAGACCCUGUAAUGUAAAUUUAAAUGACUUCAAGAAAUAAUUUGUUUUAAACAAUUUUUUUUAUUAUUCGAUUUAAUAAUAGUUUCUCAUAUAUUCACAAAUCAUUAUUAGUUAAAUAAUCUUUUUUUCUUUUAUAAAUAUAAAAAAUAAAUAUAUACAUAUAUUGUAAAAU